GCGGCCAGGGCCAGGGCCAGGGCCAGGGCCAGGGCCAGGGCCAGGGCCAGGGCGGCGGGGACACGUACCGCCCCAAGCGGCCCACCACCCUCAACCUCUUCCCGCAGGUGCCGCGGUCUCAGGACACACUGAAUAAUAAUUCUCUGGGCAAGAAGCACAGUUGGCAGGAUCGGGUGUCUCGAUCAUCCUCGCCCCUGAAGACAGGGGAGCAGACACCUCCACACGAACACAUCUGCCUGAGCGAUGAGCUGCCACCCCAGAGCAGCCCUGCCCCCACCAAGGAUCGAGGCACCUCCACCGACAGCCCUUGCCGCCGCAGUGCCGCCACCCAGAUGGCACCGCCCAGCGGCCCCCCAGCCGGCCCCCCCGGUGGUCGGGGCCACUCGCACCGAGACCGCAUCCACUACCAGGCGGACGUGCGGCUGGAGGCCACCGAGGAGAUCUACCUGACGCCAGUGCAGAGGCCCCCAGACCCCGCAGAGCCCACCUCUGCCUUCUUGCCGCCUGCUGAGAGCCGGAUGUCAGUCAGCUCGGAUCCAGACCCUGCCGCCUACACCUCAACUGUGGGGCGGCCCCACCCCUCCAUCAGUGAAGAGGACGAGGGCUUUGACUGCUUGUCGUCCCCAGAGCGGCUCGAGCCGCCAGGAGGAGGGUGGCGGGGGAGCCUGGGGGAGCCGCCGCCGCCUCCACGGGCCUCGCUGAGCUCGGACACCAGCGCCUUGUCCUACGACUCGGUCAAGUACACGCUGGUGGUGGACGAGCAUGCGCAGCUGGAGCUGGUGAGCCUGCGGCCGUGCUUCGGAGACUACAGCGACGAGAGCGACUCGGCCACGGUCUACGACAACUGCGCCUCCGCCUCCUCGCCCUACGAGUCGGCCAUUGGCGAGGAGUACGAGGAGGCCCCCCGGCCUCGGCCCUCAGCCUGCCUGUCUGAGGACUCUACGCCUGACGAGCCCGACGUCCACUUCUCCAAGAAGUUCCUGAACGUCUUCAUGAGUGGCCGUUCUCGCUCCUCUAGUGCAGAGUCCUUCGGGCUCUUCUCCUGUGUCAUCAACGGGGAGGAGCAGGAGCAGACCCACCGGGCCAUAUUCAGGUUUGUGCCUCGACACGAAGACGAGCUGGAGCUGGAGGUGGACGACCCCCUGCUGGUGGAGCUGCAGGCGGAGGACUACUGGUACGAGGCCUACAACAUGCGCACAGGUGCCCGGGGCGUCUUUCCCGCCUACUACGCCAUCGAGGUCACCAAGGAGCCCGAACACAUGGCAGCCCUGAGCAAAAGCAGCGACUGGGUGGACCAGUUCCGGGUGAAGUUCCUGGGCUCCGUCCAAGUUCCCUAUCACAAGGGCAAUGACGUCCUCUGUGCCGCUAUGCAAAAGAUUGCCACCACGCGCCGGCUCACCGUGCACUUUAACCCGCCCUCCAGCUGCGUCCUAGAGAUCAGCGUGCGGGGCGUGAAGAUAGGCGUGAAGGCCGAAGACUCCCAGGAUGCCAAGGGGAAUAAAUGUAGCCACUUUUUCCAGUUAAAAAACAUCUCUUUCUGCGGAUACCAUCCAAAGAACAACAAGUACUUUGGGUUCAUCACCAAGCACCCCGCUGACCACCGGUUUGCCUGCCACGUCUUUGUGUCUGAAGAAUCCACCAAAGCCCUGGCAGAAUCUGUGGGGAGAGCGUUCCAGCAGUUCUACAAGCAGUUUGUGGAGUACACCUGCCCCACAGAGGACAUCUACCUGGAGUAGGGGUGCCGCUGCCCUCUCCUCCCCUGGGCCCCGGGCCAGUGCCAGGACAGCUGGCUGCUGACAGGAGAGGCACUGCUCGCCGAGGACACUCGCUGCCAGAGGAUGGGGAAGUGGGGGCCACCGGCCGAGGGGGGUGGGGGUGACGGGGAGAGGCACAUGCCGUUUAUUGUAAUAUAUGGGAUUAGAUUCAUCUAUGAGAAAGCGGGCUGCCCGGGGAUUGGGAAGGGGCGGGCUGGUGGGGUGUCAGCCUCUGACCAGGAAGGAACCAUCCUGGGGGCAGAGCUAUCUGCCCCAUCCUGGGCCUCGGGCCCAUUCCGCCUGUGGAUGCCCACCCCACCCCUCGCCUCCAACUCCCAACCCCAGGGUCCUGAGCUCAGGCUAAGCCCAGCCACCUCCCGAGGACCUGGCAGCAAGGGGGCACAGCGGCUGAAGGCCCUGUCCCUGUCCUCAGCUCUGUCAUUCGGGUGACCUCUGGGUGGCUCCUCACACCUGCCUUACCAGCAUGCUGGCCCCUGGCAGAUGAGGGGCCUCCCUGGGGUGGGAGUGAGCUGUGGGGCCCUUCCCGGCAGGAAAAGGUAGCGUCCCGGCCAGCUGGGGCCUCUGGGCUGCUCCCACCUUGGUCCCAUCUCCCUGGCCACAACUAUUAAAGUGCCAUUUCCUGUC